UUCAGAUCAUAACUUAUUCUUGUCAAUACAGAAACAAACAAACAAAUCACAUAUGAGAUGAGAUAUUCAUCAAUCAAACACCACUUAAAUUAAGAGAAUUGAUAAUUGGAUUUUCUCUUCUUUUUUACUAUUUACUUCCACUCAUUCUAACAAGGCUUUAUUAUAGUUUCAUUCUAAUUCUGAGAAUAUAUAAACAUAUAUUGUUACUGAUAUUUAACACUAGAAGCAAUAUAAUGGCCUCAACUACCACUCCGCUAUCUCUUUCCUCCAGCCUCACCGACGGCAAAGCACAUCUUCGACAGUCUGCUGCCGCCUCCUCACAAUGUCUAUCACUUCCGAAGCUUCCUCUGCAGCCUCAGGCUCAAUCCCCCAAUCGCGCUUGGAAGGCCACUAUGUUCUGUCGUAAGAUUGCCCGUGAUGUUGCUGCCAUGGCUACAGGAGAAAUUGCUACAAAAGAGGUGACCACCGAGGAGACGCCAAUUGUGGAAGCAGAAACUGAACUUCCCGAGGUUUUUGAGUCUGUUCAAGAAUUUUGGAACAAACUUGACGACAAGUAUGCAGUGACUUCUCUUGGAGUAGCUACCGUCAUUGCUCUAGUAGGCUCCAGUGGAUUGGUCUCGGCAAUUGACAGGCUUCCACUAGUUCCUGGUGUUCUUGAGCUCGUUGGGAUCGGUUACACUGGUUGGUUCGCUUAUAAGAAUCUGAUAUUCAAGCCAGAAAGAGAAGCACUGAUACAAAAGAUUAAAGGCCUAUAUAGCGAUGUUAUCUGAAGCUGGAAAAAAAUAGAAUGCUGAUACCUUACUACAAAUGCUUGCCUGUGGAACAGAAAAUGCAGCAGUGCGCAAGGAACUUGGAUUUUCCUAUUUCAUUCGCUUAGUUUUGAGAGUCUCUAAUCAUAAUAAGGCCAUGUACCAAACUGCCAAGUAGAUAAAGAUGUUACUAUAUUCGCUCAUUUCCCAAGCAUCAGCAUCUUGAGUGUAAUACUCACGGUUUUUUUUGUCAUUUGAUGUUGCUCUUGCUUGGAGUGAAUACUUAAUCUGCAUGGUGCUCUAAUGCCUCUAUGUAUAUGCCAGUACAUAACAUUGAUCUUCUUA